GCGACGUGAUACCUUGUGAUCUCGCAGUCAGAACUGAACUGUCAAACUGCCCUACAGGAAAAAAGAAAGAAAGAAAGAUGAUGAUUUCCCGCACAGCUGAGUUUGCGAGGAAGCGCAUUUGACUGAGGUGCAGGAUUCGUGUGCAGGGUGUGAGGACGCCGCCGCCGCCGCAGCAAAGACGCUGCCUGUGCCUCAUGGACUCUUUGUUUGGUGGAGAGCUGGGGAUUCUGACAGCGGAGGGGCUGACGGAGGAGGGCUGUGGGGUGGGCUGGGCGAGCAGACCCCUCUCGGGGACCAUGUACUCUGCCCCCCACUUUGCCCUCAUCACCGCUUACCAGGACAUCAAGAACCGGCUCUCCGGGCUGGAGCGGGAGAACUGCGGGCUCAAGAGGAGACUCAAGCUCUACGAGAUCAAGUUCCCCAUGAUAAGCGACUUCAGUGACGAUCGCAACUCCUACUGCUCUUUCGAGACCAAAGAGACUUCACUGCUGAACAACAGCCUGCAGCAGCAGCUCAACCAGCUUCAGCAUGAGCUCCAGAAUAGCAAGGAGAGGGAGGAGCAUCUGGAGGCUGUAAUCCAGGCCUACGAGAAGAUCCACAUGGAGAGGAGUAACCUGCAGAGGGACCUGGAUCAGAUGACCACGCUGGCGGAGAAGCACGUGGAGCACAUUCGGAACCUGGAGCAGAUGCUGAGGCAGAGAGACAGCUCCCUGCAGAACCUCAACUCACAGCUGCGCAGCAAGGAGAUGCAGUACCUGCAACUGCACGCCAGCCCCGCCCAUCCCCGUAUGCUGGCCUGUCCCGCGAUGGCCCUGCAGAGCUCGCGUAGUCUGGACGCGCUCUCUGACCUGGAGCUGCAGCGGCUGGAGGCAGAGCUGGAGGAGGCACGGCGGGAGGCGGCGGAGGCGUGUCGGCGAGAGGAGGAGCUGAAGGGGGCGUGCGAGCGGCUGCAGGAGGAGCUCAGACAGCAGGAGGAGGGUCGGGAGCAGGGGGAGAUGACUGCCCAGUGUGACCAGUGUGACGUGGAGUGGAUCAAGAAGGCUGGAGAUGAGCAGGUGAACCUGGCCCUGGCCUACACUGAGCUAACAGAGGAGCUGUCCCGAUUGCAGAGCCUGAGCUCCAAACAGACCGAAAUACUGAGGAGUCUGUCCCAGGAGCAGCCAGCCCAGCGGCACUCCCCAGUCCCUCAGCGGCACUCUCCCGCCCCCCAAAGGCGAUCGCCUGUACCACAACGACUGUCCCCUGACGUCCAUCGGAGGUCCCCCCUGCCUGACUCGAACGAUGGUCCAGCUUCCUACACUGGCCGCCCGACUAGCCACCACCUGCGAGCGAGCUUCCAGGGGCGCAGGAGCUACUCGGAGGUCAGCGACCCCGCCGCGUACCAACGCCCGUCCCGCCUGCAGCUUGACCCGGUCUCCACCCUGCCCAAACCUAGGCCCUACAGUGAGGGGUAUCACAAGCAGGGGCCCAGCAGCAGUGUGACCAGCAGCCCCCGCCACAGCCGAGAUCCCUUCAUCCCUCAGGAGCUCCUCCACCUGCGUUUUGACAAGAACGCCCGCCCGCCUCCGCAGUCCUCCGAGGACGAGGAGGAGUGGGCCGCUGGCACCCCCCCCAGCUCGCUGGGCGCUGGGUCCAUCAGAGGAGAGACGUCCUGCUCUGCCUUCCCACCCAAUACCUUCCCCCCUCCCUCCUCCGCACUCCGCUGCCCACCCCCAGGGUACCAGCACACGGAGCAUGCCCAGUCCUGGCCCUCCAUCAACCUUUGGAUGGAGACUGAAGACUGUGACAUCAGGAGCUGCCCGCUGUGUCAGCUGACCUUCCCUAUUGGUUACCCCGACGACGCUCUGAUCAAACACAUUGACACGCACCUGGAGAACAGCAAGAUCUGACAGCCACAGCGCCCCCUUUUGGGAAACCUCCAGGAACUGAAUGCAGGAUUUCUGACUAUUUCCGACUGAUCCCAAAUAAAAGAAAGGGGAAAGAAGAAUUAAAGAGGGGUAUAAUUGCAUGUUACUGAAUUUAAUAAGACUAUAGCCAAGUCUUUUUUUUAACUUUGAAAAAACAUUGAAAAACAAGUUAUAUAGUAGUCUUGAACAGCAGAGAAAGAAUCAAGAAGAAUUUUCUCUCAAUCAGGUAUCUGGUAUUUGUUUUUCAAAAAGUUGAUUUCUAAUGUAACAGACUUUUUUUUUUUUAAACUGCUGAAUUGGAUCAAUAUUCAUCAUUAACCCAAAAGCAAAAAGUCACUGCCUAGGUAAGAUUGAAAUUGACUAAAUGGAAUAUGCAGAAAUAUCCCAAAUCCUCCACCAGACUGUAAGGGAUACAUUUUCCCAUUCAUUUUAUAAUAAGGCUGCUAAAGUGUACCAAAUGCCAUAUUGGGUACAAGCUGUAUAAAAUAAAAAAACACACAAUCAAAAGCAAAAAAAAAAAAAGAAACAUUUUUGGUAUUUGAUUUAUUCAAAAAGAAGCCGUCUCGUACUUAAAAUGCAGUACAGUAGUACUUUUCUGAAUGUAGAAUCAUUUUCUAUCUUAACUCUUUGAACUAUAUUUACAAUGUAUAGAAUAGAUUCAUAUGCUGGGACUGUGGAACCCAUUGAUUUAUUUCUGUGAAGAAAUCACAGAAUGGUGUCUACAAAUAGGAGUUCUGGGCUUUAUCUUCAUCUAUAAACUGUUAACUUUCCUUCUUAAUUUUUCUCUAAACUAGCUCCCCCCCCCAUUUUUUAAGCAAUAUAAUGGUUUUUACAACAUAUUUUUUACAACAUGUCCUGCCAACUAUCUUUACAAGCUAGGCUCAAAAUAACAGUCCGGUUUAUAGCGAACGUGUAAAGAGGGGCCCAACAGAAACCCUGCUUAUGCUCCAUAUUCAUUAUCUCAUGUCUUAUAUUGUAUCAUAUUGCACUGAAAAGGAUCCCUGCUCCUUUUAUACAAGUGUACUACAGCAUGGUAAUUUUGCAGUUUUUUUUUUCAUGGCUAUACUAUGCA